AUGAAUUCACGCAAUUCAAAACGACCCUCAGUCCCCGGCAGCCGAAAAGCAGAGGGUGCAAAGAAUCUCCGGGUUCCCAAGAUCUAUAUCUCUACAUACAAUGUGAGAACUUUGAAAGAUGAUGAAAAACUACUUGAACUGAUGCAAGAACUUAAUGAAACAAAAAUGAAAUGGCAUAUAAUCGGCUUGGCAGAAACAAGAAGGAAAGGAGAACUGACGCAGAUUGAAGGUGGCCACCUACUUUACACCAAAGGUGGAGAUGUGUCAAUGAAAGGUGUUGGUUUCUUAAUCCACCAAAGCACUGACUUUGAGGGCCGCAGCGACAGAGCAGCAUCCAUCACAGUGAAGAUCAACAGCAGAUAUUCGCUCCAAGUGAUACAGAUAUAUGCGCCAACAAGCAGCCAUGACGAUGUAGAAGUGGAAGAACUCUAUGAGGAAGUGACAAGUGCAAUGGACAGGAGGCAAAGUCAUUGCCACGGGGUCAUGGGUGACUUCAAUGCCAAAAUUGGAAGACACCAACAGAGUGACGGAGCAACAACUGGCAUGCAUGGACUUGGAGGGAGAAAUGAAAGAGGAGAAAUGAUGGUUCAAUUCGCAAUAUCCAAUGGAUUGACGAUCGCAAACACAAUGUUCAAGAAACCAGCAAAGAGGAAGUGGACAUGGCGCAGCCCAAACGGUGAAGUUAAGAAUGAAAUUGAUUACAUCCUCGUGAACAAGAAAGAGAUAAUGUUGAACAUUGAAGUGAUCAACACAGUCAACAUCGGGAGUGACCACAGAAUGAUCCGCAGCACCGUCAGAAUGAACACAAAGAUGGAAAGAAGCAGAAUGGUGAAGGCAUCAGCACCAAAAAUCAACAUCGAAGGACUGCUUCAGAAGAGGGAAGAAUUUCAAAUUGAAUUAAGCAACCGUUUAGAAUUAAGAAAUUCUAGGAAACGAGAUUGA